AUGAGGGGAGCGCAGACAAACAGCAGGCAGGAGAUCUCAGGAGGGUUGUGGGAUUGUGUGAAGAAAGCAGCAGUUGUCAUCGGAUCUGGAAUCUUGUUCCUGGCUGCGUUUGGGAAUUCCUUGACAUGGCAUCUUCAGAAGUUUUGGGGAGCUUCAGGAGACUUUUGGCAGAACUUGUGGACCAAACUCUACGUGAUGUUCGAGGGCCAGGACCAAGCUUUAUUCUAUAUGGGCACAAUGGUGGUGCCCACGAUCGUGUUCUGGGGCUUCAACGCUCUGUUGCUAUUGGUGGACACCACAGGGAGGCCGUCCUUCAUCACCCGUUACCGCAUCCAAGCUGACAAGAACAAUCCAGUGGACCCAGACAAACUGCGUCAAGCUCUUAAAACUGUGACAUUCAACCAGCUGUUCAUCUCUGCGCCCAUGGUGGUGGUCGCCUACCACCUGACCCGCUGGAGGUCCAACCCAUGUGGCCCUGAGCUCCCCACCUUCCACUGGGCCCUCAUCGAGCUGGCCAUCUUCUCAAUCCUGGAAGAAGUUUUGUUUUACUACUCACAUAGACUUUUCCACCAUCCCAGCCUCUACAAGCACUUCCACAAGCAACACCACGAGUGGACCGCCCCCAUCGGCCUAGUCGCCACUUAUGCUCACCCGCUGGAACAUGUGUUCUCCAAUCUGCUGCCAGUGGUGAUCGGUCCCGUGCUGCUGUGCUCGCACGUGUCCAGCACAUGCAUGUGGUACUGCCUGGCAUUGGUCAGCACUACCAUCUCCCACUGCGGAUACCACCUGCCUUUUCUGCCUUCACCAGAGUUCCAUGAUUUUCAUCAUUUAAGGUUCAACCAAUGUUUUGGCGUGUUCGGCGUGCUAGACCGCCUCCACGGCACCGAUGCAAAAUUCCGAGAGACCAAGCAAUACGAGCGGCACACCUUGCUAACCGGAUUCACCCCGCUCACCGAGAGCAUCCCCGACACUCCAAAAAAGGACCGCUGA